AUGGCGAUGAACAAGAUCCGAGGCGCCUUCGCGGUGCCCCGGAAGGGAGAGACGUUUGAAUUGCGAGCUGGCCUUGUCUCCCAGUACGCCUACGAACGGAAGGAGUCCAUCCAGAAGACAAUCAUGGCCAUGACCCUGGGCAAGGAUGUCUCUGCUCUCUUCCCAGAUGUGCUUAAGAACAUCGCAACUGGCGAUCUGGAGCAGAAGAAACUAGUUUACCUCUACCUCAUGAAUUACGCCAAAUCGCACCCGGACCUUUGCAUUCUCGCCGUCAAUACCUUCGUACAAGACUCGGAAGACCCGAAUCCCUUGAUUCGCGCCCUCGCCAUCCGGACGAUGGGCUGCAUUCGCGUGGAGAAGAUGGUGGAUUACAUGGAAGAGCCGCUUCGCAAGACCCUCCGCGACGAAUCGCCGUAUGUUCGCAAGACCGCUGCCAUCUGUGUCGCAAAGCUUUUCGAUUUGAACCCAGCUAUGUGUCUUGAGAAUGGUUUCUUGGAGAUGUUGCAGGAGAUGACUGGUGAUCCUAAUCCGAUGGUGGUGGCCAACUCGGUCACUGCGCUUUCUGAGAUCUCCCACACGGCCCCCGAGACACAGGCGUUGCAAGUGACUCCUAAUACGCUACGGAAGAUGCUCAUGGCGUUAAACGAGUGCACGGAGUGGGGGCGAGUAACUAUUCUCUCGACCCUGGCAGAAUACCGGACAUCGGAUGUGAAGGAGUCGGAGCAUAUCUGCGAGCGUGUUGCCCCCCAAUUUCAACAUGCAAACCCGAGUGUUGUUCUUGCGGCAGUCAAGGCUGUCUUCUUGCACAUGAAAUUUGUCGGCCCGGAGCUGGCGAAGGCCUAUCUGAAGAAGAUGGCCCCUCCCCUUGUGACUUUGGUUUCUUCGGCCCCCGAGGUGCAGUAUGUGGCUUUGAGGAAUAUCGAUCUUCUGCUGCAGAAGCAGCCCGAUAUUCUCAAUAACGAACUUCGUGUCUUCUUCUGCAAAUACAACGACCCCCCAUACGUCAAGUUCCAGAAAUUGGAGAUUAUGGUGCGGAUAGCCAACGACCGCAACGUUGACCAGCUCUUGGCUGAGUUGAAGGAAUAUGCCCUUGAAGUUGACAUGGACUUUGUCCGCCGUGCUGUGAAGGCUAUUGGCCAAGUUGCGAUCAAGAUCGAGAGCGCCAGCGAAAAGUGCGUGAACACUCUGUUAGACUUGAUCAACACCAAGGUAAACUAUGUCGUUCAGGAGGCUAUCGUGGUUAUCAAGGAUAUCUUCCGAAAGUACCCUGGCUACGAGGGCAUCAUCCCUACCCUGUGCCAAUGCAUCGACGAGCUGGAUGAGCCUAACGCGAGAGCAGCCCUGAUUUGGAUUGUGGGUCAGUAUGCCGAGAAGAUCAGCAACGCUGGCGAUAUCCUCGGUGGCUUCGUCGAUGGAUUUAACGAGGAGUUCUCCCAGACUCAACUGCAGAUCCUCACUGCCGUGGUCAAGCUCUUCCUCAAGCGGCCUGAGAAGGCCCAGGGUCUCGUCCAGCGUGUCCUCCAGGCUGCCACUGCCGAGAACGACAACCCGGAUGUCCGUGAUCGUGCGUACAUCUACUGGCGCUUGCUGUCCAACACCAGCGAUUCGAACGCCACCAAGAACAUUGUCCUGUCGGACAAGCCUCCUAUCGUCACUACUAUCUCCUCAUUACCGCCAGCUCUCUUGGAUCAGCUGCUCCAGGAACUGUCUACUCUUUCUUCCGUGUACCACAAGCCCCCGGAGCAAUUUGUUGGACACGGCCGCUUUGGUGCCGAUGCUGUUCAACGGGCGGCCAUCGAGUAUGGAGCAAAUUCAAAACGCACGCGAGAAUCCUCUGGCUGCUGCGGCGGCCGCAGCAGUCAGCGGCGACACCCCUCUGCGCCGGCGCAAAACAACGUCGAGAACUUGCUGGACAUUGAUUUCGACGGUGGUGCCCCGGCAUCUGCACACCCGGAGGCAUCCGGAGGCAUGUCUGGCCUCGAGGGUCUAGCCGGCACCCCGGUUCGAAUGCAGUCCCCCGCUGUCGGUGCUCCGGCACCUCAGUCAAGCAACAACUUGGACGAUUUGCUCGGUGUAUUCGGUGACUCUGGACCUGGACAGCCAUCAUCCAGCAAUGCGAACGGCAGCGGCGCUGCCGGUGAUCUUAUGAAUGGGUUCUCUGGUCUCGAUCUGUCCGGCAAUGCACCCGCGGCGGACAGUCAGGGUAAGAAGUCUCACCAGGAUAUCAUGGACCUGCUCUAG